AUAAAAAAUAUACUAAAAACCUGGAUUAUUCUGAGCACUGCGCAAGUCAACGAGCCGAGUCGAUGAUGAGGACAUGCAUGCUGCAGUGUUGCCUGACCCUGCUGGGUUUGUCUGUGGUGCUGUGUGGUGCCGGCGUCUCGUCUCAGUCGGACCCGGAGCUGCGACACCGCCGACUUCUGCAAAGAGUUCAUGCCCUUGGUUUGGCUGCACAGGAGUGGACUAAAAAUGACCUGAAGGAGAUUCUAUCCCAGCUCACAUUGCCGGAGUCCGAAUUUCAAGAAGGCGACAUUUCUGCUCUGGGAACCAAGCAAGAUCUCACGGUGGGAUUCGAACGAUCGGCUGAAGAUCCCAACAACCUUCCUCCUCGAGAGCGCAAAGCAGGCUGCAAGAACUUCUACUGGAAAGGAUUCACUUCCUGCUGAGUCACAUGACAAAUCACUGGCCACUUUUGCUUUUGAAGGCACCCUGGCCUUACCAGGGAGGUCCAAUCAGAUGCUGUAUGAAUAUGAAUAUAUCAGUUAGAUUCAAUUUACCUUUGUAAUUUGUUGAAAACAAUAAAUAAAUAAAAGUCUAAUGCAUCAUUUGAUAUUA